CAGGCUGUGGAGGCUUGAUAAGCCAUUGAGGGGAAUCAAAGAAUCGGAUACGAUGCGAGGGCGAAACCCGCGGGUGCAAUUCGCUGUCCAGGUUGCACCGAUCCACUGACACGCACGGGACAGUCUUGGCCAUUAGGUCUUGCUCCUUGAGAAUUAUUCUUGACUGACUCUUGUCGUCCAUCGGAUCCGGUGGCGGAUCCGUUGUUGUGACAGGGCAUCGGAUCCGCUCCGACGGUCUGAUGAAAUCGGCAGUUGCGUGCUAUAUUCGGUACUUAUGGGAUGCUUUAAAAUAAAUACAUCGUUUCCAUGAAAGUUUAUCCAAUCAAUAACCUUUACACAAUGACGGUGCAUACUCCCCAGGGAUCUGUCGUGGUCAUCGGCGCCGGCACCCAGGGCCGUCGCCUGGCCUAUAUGUGGUCCAGUCGCGGGGGAUCAGUAUUCCUAGUUGACUUAAACCAGAAACAACUCAAAGACGGACUGGAAUACGUCGAGCAACUCCGUACCGAAGCCACAGGGCAUUCCGGCACAUGGGGAGAUGUGCAAAUAUCCACACCCGACUCGCUCGAGUCUAUACUACACAGCGCAUGGCUUGUUGUCGAGUGCGUUCCAGAGAACCUAGCAUUGAAACAGAAGAUUCUCUCGCAACUGGACAGCCUCGCGCCCAGCCACACUAUCAUCGCAUCAAACUCCAGCAGCUACGGAAUCGGGGAAGUCAUUGAAGGCAUGGACCUGAGGUGCAGUAGCAGACUGCUCAGCGCGCACUGCUCAAUCGAGAUAAUGGGCCACAACGACACUGAUCCAGCCCUGAUCGAUCUUCUCUUCGAUCAAUGUGAAAAGCACGGCUUCUCGCCAUUCCGUGUCCGACAGAGCUCCAUCGGAUAUAUCUACAACCGUAUCUGGGCCGCUAUUAAACGAGAAACACUACUAGCACUGUCCGAAGGGGUCUGCAAUCCCGAGGAAAUCGAUGCUAUUUUCAAGGAUGUCCUCAAAACCCCAAAAGGGCCGUGUGAACAGAUGGACGUCGUGGGUUUGGACGUUGUGCAUGACAUUGAGAAACACUACGCUGAAGCCCGCAGUGGCCUUCCCAGUGAACCUCGGGAAUAUCUACAGAAGAUGAUACAGGACGGAAAAUUGGGAGUCAAGAGUGGGAGCGGGUUCUACAAAUACAAAACCGAUCAGCAAGGCUAA